CUGUUCCUGUAUAUACUGCGGACACGUCUUGACCAAAUGCUUCUUAAAAAAAAAAAUGGCAGCAGUUAACUUGACGAACCAGCAAAUUAAUUGUAACAGGAACCAACAUCAAUAUCCAAACUAUUCAGGACGUAUAAUACUUAAUAACAAGGUCCAACAUGAGUAUACGACCUCCUCCAUCUCAAGAAUUCAUUCAUAAAUUAAGUCAAGAGAAAAACAAUCUUGAAGAGUUUGAUGUUAAUCCAUCAUUUUCAUUUGGAGGUCCAUUACCUUCACCUCCGCUGAAUGUUUCAAAUCCAUUCAUUAGUAAAUCACCUGAAAUACCGUCUUCAGCAAGAGUCAUAAGGAGGGAAAGUUCAUGGAUCCAUUCUUUGAUUAUCAGUAUCCCUUUGAUAUUAACUUAUCCUAUUAUAAUCCUAUCAUGUAAUAUCAUCUUUAAUUCUAUAUCUGAUGAAUCCAAUCCAACAUAUAUCCCCAUCAUACUUUCACUGAUACUUUUAUCAUCAUUAUCAUUAUUGUUAUUCAAAAUAUUUAUUCAUUUCAAUCUUGUGAAAUUAGCAUCCAUUUCAUCUUCUUCAUCAACAUCAAAUUUACUUGCCAAUACAGUACUGAAUCUCAUCGGUAUAAAUCUUAUCUAUGCAUCCUCCAUAUUCCUCUCAUCCCAAAGAAUACCAACCCUAUUAUUAAGUCUUUAUGUGAAUCAAUGGAGUUUUUACACCCCUUUAUCCCUUAUGUUUGAUCUUUUUUCAAGUUCAGAUAGUACCAAUACUUUAACUCAAUUCAUAACUAUUUUAUUUGGAUACGUUUGUAUUAUUGUGGGGUUCAAGUUGGUUAAAUAUAACAUCACCCAUUUGAAUCUCAUCCCUCUUGUGGUUAGUGCAGUCAUAUCAGGUUUGAGUUUAUUGAUACUUUCUAUAUCAAUUGAUAUCACUAUGGUGGGGAUUUAUUUCAUUGGAUUAUUGGUUUUAUUGAUUAAUAUUCAUGAUGAUAGUAUUACAUCAGGUUUCAAAUUAAGAUUCAUGCCUACUUUUGUAUCCAUCAUAACCAUCAUAUUCGAAACAGUUGUGAAUUUAUCAUCUCCUCCAACCAUUAUCAUAUCCAAUAUAAAUAUCUUAUUAUCAAUCAUAAUCACUCCCGAUAAAUCUAGUUUGGAUUUACCUAAAUUCCCCUCAUCGUCAUCAUCAUCUUCGUCUCAAACAUUAAUAUCCAUCAUUCAUAAAUUAUUAUCUCAUGCUGAUACAAGAGCCAUAUUUCAAUUCUUAGUGUUGAACACUGCAUUCAUGUUUGUCCAAUUAUUAUACUCCUUCCGAUCAAAAUCACUUGGAUUAUUAUCAGAUUCAUUACAUAUGGCGUUGGAUUGUAUAUCGCUUGCUAUAGGAUUAAUAGCAGGGAUCUUAUCUAAGAAUGAAAUUGAUAUAAAUGGGAAAUAUCCGUUUGGAUUAAAGAAUUUUGAAAUCUUGGCCGGGUUCACUAAUGCCACAUUAUUAAUUGGGAUUAGUGGGAGUAUUGUAUUUGAAGCGAUUGGAAGAUUAUUAAAUCCAGUCGUAUUACAAAAGACAAAUGAAUUAAUUAUUGUAUCAACUCUUGGAUUGAUAGUUAAUUUAGUGGGUAUUUUCGCUUUUAAUCAUGGUCAUGGUAGUCAUGAAGGUCAUUCUCAUGGUCAUUCACAUAGUCAUGCUCCGAGUCAUGAUCAUUCUCAUGCUCAUGAUCAUUCUCAUCAAAGUCAUGAUGAAAAACAUGAAGAUCAUCAUGAAGGUAUGAAUGAUAAUAUGAAAGGGAUAUUCUUACACAUUUUAGCUGAUACAUUAGGAUCAGUAGGAGUGGUGAUAUCGACUCUUUUAACCAAAUAUUUUGGGUGGAAUGGAUUUGAUCCCAUUGCAUCGAUUAUCAUUGCUAGUUUAAUCUUUGUAUCAGCCAUUCCAUUAAUUAAAUCAACUGCUUCAACUUUAUUAUUAACUUUAUCCACGAAAAAGGAACAUAAAGUAAGAUCAUCAUUAAUUGAAAUAACCAAGAUUAAAGGAGUUAAAUCAUUAACCACCCCUCGAUUUUGGCCAGGAGCAAAUAAUUCAAUUGAUGGAUAUAUUCAUAUUCAAAUUUAUCGAGGUGAAAAUGGAAGUUAUAUUAAGAAGUAUUGUGAAAAGAUCUUUGAAAAUGAAGAUAUCAAUGCGAUGAUUCAAAUUGAAAAUGAUUAUGAUUCUUGUUGGUGUAAAAAGUGACCAACCUAUUUAUAUGUAUUUAGAGUUUUAUAGCUGCAAAAAUAUAGACUAUUUAUUUACGACAUUCAU